UUUUGUACUAAACCACUUCGCACAUAUAGCCAUCGUCAAAUCUCAUGGAAUCAUUUUUCCAACGAAACGUCUGUCGAUACAAUUCGUGAGGAAUAUUUAAUAUUUAUUAUUGUUGUUAGACUUGCCAGCUGGGAAGAACGUGAUAUUUCAGUAUCUUACGUUCACUAAAUCUCUCUCUCUCUCUCUCUCUCACAAACACAUGUUGAAUAAAUCAGAGAACCGACUCCUCUGCUGCACCACAGAUUGUUGUUAGUCUGAUUUGGAUAAAGCUAGACUCCUCUGCCAAGGAAAAUCAAAACCUGCUGCACCACUCAGUUGCCGUGAAAGUAUUUCAAACAGAUUGAUAGUUUAAUUUGGAAAAAGAAGGACGGCGUUAAAUGGCUCCUUCAACCUCCAACCUGAAGCAGCUUCUUGAAUAUCAAUCCAAGUGCGAAAGGCUCGAGAUGUUUGAUGGCCAGGGACAACUCGUUCUAAUUGUCGCUCACUUUAUAAUAAAAUUGUGUUCUGAAGACGAUGAAAUAAUUAUUUUAUUGAAGAGUCUUGAUGAUUCAGCGAAGCUUUGUUGGAGUUUCAGCCGUCAUAGUGAAGAAGACAGAAAAUUUUCCACCAUAUUCUGGGAUUUUAUAAAACAGCUUCAAGUGUUCUUCGAAGUCCCAAAGUUUAAUAGUACUGCAAAUAUGAAUGAGCAGAUUGCAGCCUUUCAUGACCUUCUCCUUGAAAUUUUAGAAGAAAUACUGCAUCUUCAGCCAUACUUCAUUCAUGGCUCGGUCAUGGAAUUCAUUCUAGCUCUAAAGAUGGAGCUAAAAUUUCUUAUCACCUUUCUUGGGGAUACGCCAUCUCAGCUCACUGAGCUUGAGACAACCAAGAAUGUAUUGAAAGAUAUUGAAGUUGUGGCCAAUGAGGUGGGAAGCUUCUUAUAUUCAUUCUUUCUCAGCAAAGAUCCUAUUUCUAUAGCUGCAAUGAAUAACUCUCUUUCUGAUUUGUUGAGAAAUGUGGAGCGUGUGAAAGAAAGCAUCAACAAGCAUUGUGUCACGGUUGCCAAUUUAUGGCCAAGUCAUAUGACUCCAUCGACUGCAACGGUUUCGCUCUCUUUUGUUGAUUCUAUCCUAGAUUAUAUUGGCGAUCUAGUGAAUCGCAAUGAUGACAGGAUUGUUGAUGUGAAGAUUCAAAUUAGAACAAUCCAUCAGAACUUGAUGAAUUUGAAGAACGGCAUAAAAGAACUUGAGAUCGAAAGGCAUCAGGAACGUGAAGAAUUUUCUAUGCAACUUAUUAAUGUAGCAUAUGAAGUUGAAUACAUUAUCAACUCUUUUGCUCCUUUGUCGUAUGUCACCCUCAGGCUUCUUCAAGUCACUGAGAAGAUUAAACCUAUGGGGAUGCAACUCCAAGAACUGAAGAAGAAUGAUGCUAGAAUGCUAAAGGAUGCAGAAUAUGCAUAUCCAAGGCAACGUAUAUCAUUCCAAGAUCACAUUAAAGACGAAUAUCUAGUUGGCUUAAAGGAUGAGGAAAUGGAAAUAAUGGACCGACUCUGCAGAAGAGAGAAAAGACUACAAAUUAUUUCCAUUACUGGCAUGCCUGGACUUGGCAAGACAACAUUAGCAAAUAGGUUAUAUAACAAUCCAAUGAUUAUUAAUCAUUUUCACAGGAGGAUCUGGUGUGUUGUCUCUCGAACUUACCAGAGGAGAAAUAUUUUAAUUGACAUUUUGAUGUCAAUAGACACCGAUAACAAAGAACAAUUUCUGAAUAUGGAAGAUGAAAUGUUGACCGAACUGAUCUUCCAAUAUUUAAAGGGGAAGAGAUACAUCAUCAUCAUGGACGCUAUAUGGAAUGUAAACGCAUGGGAUGAUAUAAAAAGAUGCUUUCCUGAUGACCGCAUUGGAAGCAAAAUAUUGAUCACCAGUCGAAACAUGAAUGUUGCCUCUUCAAAUUAUCGCUGCAACUUCUCUCUUCGUCUCCUGCGGGAGGAUGAAAGUUGGAAUUUAUUGCUGGGGAAGGUGUUCAACAAAGAACGCUGCCCUCCAGAGUUGGUAGAUGUCGUAAAGAAAAUUGCAAGAAAUUGUGGUGGAUUACCAAUUACAGUUGUUAUGAUAGCUUCGGUACUUAAGAAUUUGGAGAAGAAAAGAUCUUUAUGGAUGGAAGUUGCUGAAAAUAUAACUUCAUACAUCUGUAAAGAGACAAAUGAGUACAUGAGUGUGCUAGAAGAGAGUUAUAAUGAUUUACCAAUGCGAUUGAAACCAUGUUUUCUUUACUUUGGAAUAUUUGAGAAAGAAAGGGAAAUCCCAGUAAAGAAAUUGAUAAUGUUAUGGCAUGCUGAAGGAUUUAUAGGGAAAGUAGAAGAUAAGAGCUCAGAGGAUGUGGCACAGGAAUACCUAAUGGAUCUAAUUGAUAGAAGCUUGUUACUAAUUGCUAAAAGAAAAUCUGACGGUGGAAUCAAAUCUUGCACUAUCCUUGGUGCAAUACAUGACAUGUGCUCGAGACUAGCUGAAAAAGAUAACUUCGUGAAGGCGAUCACAGAUCGAUUAUCAAUACAUGAGCAACACCUCCGCCUAAGCAUUCACUCUCACUCAAUUCCUUCUUUCUUGAGACCUUUCGGCCUACAUAUUCGCUCUUUGUUGGGGCAUUUACCCGGUCCAUCUGCAUUCAUCUUUUCCAGCUUGAAACAUCUUAAGGUAUUGGACUUGUCAAGCACAGAUUUGAGUUUGUAUAAUUUGUCAGGAAGUGAAGUGUUGGCUUUCUUAAGGUUCUUGGCUGUUUCAUCUGUUCCAUCAUCAAUAGAGAUAUUCAAGAACCUAGAAUUUCUUUUCGUGGAUAACAAAGAAGUAGUUGAAAUACCAGUUAUCCUUUUAAAUAUGGUGAAGUUGAGACGUGUGCAUUUCAGUGGUGGUGCACAAUUUAGUGAAUCUUGGCGCCAAGCAACUCAUGAUGAGAGCUUCCAAAUAAGUAACCUACAAAAUCUUUCUUCUAUUUUCAUUUAUGAUGAAAAUGAUGAGAAAAUCUUGAGAUCUUUUCCCCAUCUUCGCAUACUGAAAUGCAAGUAUACAACGUUUUGGGAUUCAACUGUGAACUGCUAUCGCUAUCCUGCCUUAAACAACCUUUAUCAGCUUGAAUCCCUUAAUAUAUCAUUCCGACCGAGUUAUGAGUCAGACGACAUUAGUCCCGAAUUGAUCAAUUUACCCUCAAAUCUUAAAAAGCUAACUCUCCGUAACUUUGAUUUAUCUCGGAUGCAUAUGAAGAUAAUUGGGGAGUUACCCUACCUUGAGGUUCUCAAGUUACGAGAUAAUACAAUUGGGGGAAAAGGGUGGGACACAAACGAAGGUGAAUUCAGACGACUCAAAUACUUGGAACUGGAUGCGGUACAGAUCGAACAUUGGAAUGUCUCAGAUGAUGAUUUCCUCAUACUCGAAAGACUAGUGUUGCGAAGCUGCCAGCUUUUGAAGGAGAUCCCUUUCAGUUUGGGGGUCAUUCCAACUCUAGAGAAGAUUGAGGUCCAUGGCUGUGCAGAGUCCGUUGAAGCCUCUGCUCUGCAAAUUCGGGAAGAAGUAUUAGACUACGGGAUUGAGUUUGUAGUCACUAUCUCCCGCUUCUAGCUCUUAUGGUAAGGUUGGUAAGAACAACAUCAGGUUUUGCAGCUACAUCUACCAGAUCAUUUUUAAUUUACUUGUUGAUUUUGAAUACUUCUCUUUUUUUCUUGCAGUGCGGUUGAGUUGAUGUUGAAAUUUAUUUGUUGUGGGUAAAAUUAAAUAACCAAAUUUGUGGAAGGUUAAAUAAUUGGUGAAUUACAUUGUACUCUUUUUUUGGCUUCAAAUGAAAUCGGAGACUUGUUCUGUGUGAGAACCUGAAUCUGUUUGUUUA